UUGGACUCCCAAGGCUCGAAAACAAUCAGCUCCAGAGGUCUGGAGGGGCGGAGUGGUCAGUCUCCUGACACUGAGAGCCAGGACUCCGUGAGGAGCUACACCUUCUUCUCCAGAAGGUGCAGGGGACCCGCUGGCAGGAAGGUGCAAUCAGCACCACAGGGCCAUGUGGCAGUUGGAAUUCAAUACUGGGGCAGGCCUUAAAGAUCGCUAAAGGGAGCCCGGUGUGGCGGUACCCUACUUUAAUCCUAGCAUUGGGGAGAUGGUGGCAUGCAGAUCUGUCUGUUCAAGGCCAGCCUGGCCUACAUAAGGCAAUCCAGGCCAGCUAGGGCUACUGACUCCAAUACUACUACUACACUCCUGCUCCUCCUGCUCCUCCUCCUCCUCCUCCUCCUUCCUCCUCCUCCUCCUCCCACUACUACUACUACUGAAUCUUUAAAGCCUCUUUUGUCCUCCUCCCUAAGCCUAGUCUCUGGAGAGAGAAAACUCUCAGUUAUACCAAUCCAAGAGGAAAAAGGAUGGGCAACGAGCAGCAGGAAUCCCCUGUCUGUUCUUGAGAUGGUCAGCAUAAUCCUAUUCACUUCUGGGCAGCUGAAGGAACGGCCCUGCUCCAUCCUGUUACCAUCACAGCUCCUUCACUACUCGGUGGACAAUAGCAGGGCCGCUUGGGCCGGGAGCCCCAGCAGAGCCUUGUUUGUACUAAAACCCCCCACCUGCACUGCACUCAUUGUACUUGCUGCCCCUGCUGUGGGUUGGGGUUGAAUGCUUACGCACCUAAAAAUUCAUGCUGACACUCUAAAUCCCAAUGUGACGAUGCUUGGAGGCUAGACUUGGGAAGGCCAUUAAGUUCAGAAGAGGUCAUGAGGGUAGAGUCUCAUGAUAGGACUAGAGUUCUUAUAAUCAGAGAAAGAGGGACCAGGUCAGAUCUCUGCCUUUUUUUUUCUCUCCACCCUCUCUGCCAACCUGAGCCCACACCCACAAGGUUCUAGGAACCAUGACCUUAUGAGCUCAAAUAGGCUGCUGUCUGGGCCUUGGACCUCCAGCCCCUAGGACCAGGGAAGUAAGCAAGCAUGGGUGGUUUGCUGCUGCAGACGCAUACAGUCCCCAUCUCACAGGUGAAGAAGCUAAGUCAUGAAGGGACCCCGGAGCCCAGGUAGGACAAGCAAUUGGAAGUGGCAGAGCCAGGUGACUGUUUCUGUGCCAGCGGGCCACCUCUAAUGCCAUCACUCACACAGUUGUGGUUUGAUUUUCUUGAUUCCAAACUUCUUUUUUUCUUCCUUCCUUCCUUCUUUCCUUCCUUCCUUCCUUCCUUCCUUCCUUCCUUCCUUCCUUCCUUCCUUUCUUCCUUUCUUUCUUUCUUUUUAGGAAAAAAUUCCCCUUCUUUCCUCUUACUGAUGAUAGCCUUUUCCAAGAGUUAUCCAAGUGGCCCCUGAGCCAUGUUGAAAGGAAGGAACCGCAGGCCAAGUCUCACUUUGCUAGGAUCUCUGUAAGGAAGUGUUAAGGCCAGAUGGCGCAAUACUGGUUCCAUCCCCGCACCGUUCUGGAGGCAGACGCGCAAAAUCAAAGGGCCUCGGGCUUGACGCCCUUUCUCUCUCCUGGCUUGUAUUGAUUCCUCCUCCCUUGGUCUGUUCCCUUCAUCUCCCCUGUGUAUGUCUCUAUGUCCAGAUGAAGGUUUCCUUCUUAUGAGGAUACUAGUCGUACUGGCCUAGAGCCCACCCUGAUGACCUCGGUUAUCUCUGUAAGGACAUUUCUGAGCUACUGGUGUUUAGUAUUCUAACAUGAGAAUUUACAUCUCAGGGCUGGGGAUGGGGCUCAAUGGUUUGUCCUUCAUGCACAAAGUCCUGGCUCCAGUUCCCAACACCGCACAACCUGUCAGGGCCGUGCAUGCCUGUGGUUGCACACCUGGGAGGUGGAGGCAGGGGGAUUGGAAGUGCAAGUUCAUCAUCGGCCGUAUGUUAUGUCUGAGGCCAGCCUCAGCCUGUGCCACAGGGAGACCUGUUGGAGAGAAAAAAGGAAAGAAGAAAAAGAAUUCGCAGCACCCACAACAGUGCCUUCAGCCUCACCAGGAUAGUUUGGGUGUCUGUCCUUCUUCACUUCAUUCUGUCUAUGUAAUUUACCAAACGUGGGUUCUGUCUUCUCGAAGUGGGAUCCUUUCUUUAUGGGGUAGAUGCCGAGCUUAGGCUUAGUGGCCCGUAACAGGCAUUCAAGGGCUGGUUGGUGGAUUGGGUUAGGGCUGUGUUAGUCAGGGUUCUUUAAAGAAACAACUGACAGAAUAUCCUGUGUGUAUGUACGUGUAUACACACAGGAUCCAGGCUCUCCGUGUAUUUCCCAUCUUUACCUGGCUUUUUUCUUUUAUGUUACUUUAUUCCCUUUUUAAGGCCUUUCUCAACCCUUUUUCUCUUCUCUCCCAAGGCUAUGUGUAUAUUUAAACACACUGUAACCCGUUUAUAGGUUUUUCCCAUCUGAAUCCGUCUUUAUUGUGUAUCUGUAAGAUUUCCUGUCUGCAUGAGCAAAAGCCCUAAACCCGCCAUGUAGCAUGCUGGUGGAGCUCUCAAGCCUACAGGCAGCAGCUGGGAGAAGCCUCUUUGUAGUGCAGCACAUGAGAGAGACUUCGUGAACCUGCCAUGCUGAUUGGCUCAUGGUGACUGCAGCCAGCUCCAUCUUGCAGGCAGCUGUUGGGAGAUGAGUCUCUGCAUUGUGGCUGGUGUGAGACUGUGAGACUAGGAAGCCGUGUCUGGCUCCAUUUUUUUUUUGUGUGUUUAGAACUUUUUUAAAGCUUUUUCAUGUCUUAUGUGGAUCUACACUGGAUGGUGGGCACCAUUUGUAGGUGGAUGUUUCCUGUUCUGACCGCCUGUUCCCAAAUAACCAGCAACCACUUUCCAAAUAACUGAUUCAGAGACUUAAUAUAAAUUAUAAAUGCUCGGCCAAUAGCUCAGGCUUGUUACUACCUAACUCUUAUGUAUAAAUUAACCCGUAUUUCUUAUCUAUGCUUUGCCACAUGGCUUGCUUCCUGAUUUUCUACAUCCUGCUUCCUCAGCGGUUGGCUGGCAUCUCUUCUGACUCUGUCCUUCUACCCAUCCUUGUCCUAGUUUGGUUGUCUUGCCUAUAAUUCCUGCCCGGCUACCUACUGGCCAAUCAGCUUCUUAUUAAACCAAUCCACAUGACAAAUCUUCACAGUGCACAAAAGGAUUAUUCCACAGCAAUAUAUAAUAGUACAAUAGUACAAUGCAUAUACUAUGUAUAUAUAUGAUUUUUUUUUUUGAGAUAGGGUUUCUCUGUGUAGUGUUGGUGCCUGUCCUGGAUCUUGCUCUGUAGACCAGGCUGGCCUCGAACUCACAGAGAUCUGCCUGGCUCUGCCUCCCGAGUGCUGUUACCACCUCCCAGCAUACAUAUGAUUAUUAAAGUGGCUUACAGGCUGUGAUCUGAGUAGUUCAACAAUUUGUCUUCUCAAAGAAAGGCCAAGAAUCUUGUAGUUGUUGAGGCCGCAAGGUUGGAUGUUUUAGCUGAUCUUUGGUAUUUGUUAUAACACCAAAGAAGCAGGUUCUCAUAACAGCAAAGAUGCGUCAGCAAGCAGGAUAGAUGAGCUUGCCAGCACGAGGAAGGGCAAACAAGCAGACGCAAAAGCCUCCUCCUCCCAUGUCCUGGCUGCUACCAGACAGUGUGGCCCAGAUUUAGCAUGAAUCAUCUCUCCUCAAAUGAUCCAAUCCAAAAAAUCCUUCACAGGCAUGCCCAACUGCUUGGGUUUUAGUUGAUUUCAGAUGAAGUCAAUUUGACAGCCCAGGUUAAUCAUCACAGGGUCUGAGGGAUCCCAUGUUGUGUGCUGCCAAUCUAGCCACCAGCCAGACACUGGGAUUGGUCUCCAGAGCACAGGCAUCAGCACACAGCAUCCUGAGAGGAGGCUGAGAGGGGGAGUGUCAUGGAUUUAGGCUGAGACCCUUGUCUAAGUCACAACUCAUCCCUUCAGAACACAAGGAUGGGAGGAAGGCAACCUGCCUUGGACACACUUCUCCCUACAGGAUUCAUGCAUCCUGCAUCUGUCCGUUUGUCUGUCAGUUUGCUGCCCCUCCAACUGCUCUCAUACCUUUCCCGGGUCUACUUGUGUGUUUGAGCGUCUGUUUCUUGCCCAUCCUGGGGCUGAUGUUGCAUCUCAAGAGGGAGGACUGUGCUGUGGGCAAUCUGGAAAUAGCUAGAGGGACUGACUGGUCCUGUCUCAGGGGUGGGCACAUUUACUCUUGCCCGUUUGUACCCUUCCUGUACAGUUCAUUUCACUGCAUCGUCUAUGCUCCAGUUUCCCUUUGGGGAAAUCUGGAGCCUUGGGGUUAUCUGGAGAGUGACAUGAGAUGGAGGGGUGGUACUCCACACAUGGUCACUCUUACAAUGUUCCUAGUUGCUCUUUCUUUAGUUCUCUGUCUUCCUAGGAACACUUCAGUGGACCCCAAGGAGGAUGAGGAGGAGUCUGAAAGCCCCCCGAGAGAGCCGGACCUGAAGGAGGCCUACAUCGAGCUCGUUCAAGGGGUUCAGGAGUGGCAGGAUGGCUGUGUCUACAGAGGGGAGUUCGGACUCAACAUGAAGCUCGGAUACGGCGAGUUCUCUUGGCCCACAGGCGAGACCUACCGAGGGCAGUUUUACAGGGACCACUGCCAUGGUGUGGGCACCUACAGAUGGCCGGAUGGCUCCAGCUUCACAGGCAUGUUUUACCUCAGCCAAAGAGAAGGCUAUGGCACCAUGUUCACGAAAACGAAGUUAUUCCAGGGAUUGUAUAAAGAGGACCUACGGUUCGGGCCAGGCAUUGAGACCUACCCCGAUGGCAGUCAGGAUGUUGGACUGUGGUUCCGUGAGCACCUCCUCAAGCUGGGGACAGAGGUUCCCAACAGCUUCUCCUUGCUGAACUAUCCAGAAUUCUUAGACUUCCUCACAAGCUCAAGGGGGAGAAUCAGUCUCUCAGAUGAGGAGAAGGCGGAGUGGGGUCUUCCCGAGGAGCAGGACCCUUUCUUCUAUGACUAUAAACGGUUUCUCCUGAAUGAUGACCUAACGCUACCUCCAGAGAUGCAUGUCUAUUCGACCGACAACGACCACCUGCCCAUGACAGGCUCCCUGCGCAGAGAGCUGGAUGACCGCAUCUUCAUGAAUGAGAUCCCUCCAUUCAUUGAGGAUGAAGAACCCUGGCUUAUAACAAAUGAGACUCCUUUGUUGGUCAAAAUCCAGAAGCAAACUUACAAGUUCAGGAACAAGAGUGCUCACACCAGCUGGAACAUAGCUGCCAUCCUGGAGGGCAACCGCAGCUGCUUUGGGCCCACUGGCCCUAAGGAGGAUAUUUCCAGGGAGAUGAUCCUGAAGGCUGAGGAAGGGGACUAUAACUGGAUUUUUGGAAUCCUGAGGGACAACCUUGCCUGUGCUGAUGUGGCCGACUCCAAGGGCUACACUGUGCUUGCUGCUGCUGCGGUCAAUUCUCACCGUGACAUUGUCAACCUUCUCCUGGAUUAUGGGGCUGAUGUGAACAAGCUCUCGGAUGAGGGCCUCUCGCCCCUCAACAUGUGCUUCCUCCACUAUUACCCCAGCAAAUUCUUCCAGCCCAACGUUGCUGAGAGGACCCUGCCCCAGGAACCUUCCAAAUCCUUGAUCACCCACAAAAUUUCAUUCUUGUUUGGAGAGCAAAACAUGGAUUAUUUCUAUGAUUUGGGCAUGCCCACCCCACUUGGAGAGGACUAUAAGUCAUCACCACCCCUCUCAAGCAGCCUGGAUGAUGCCCUGGUCCUGGGUCCUGUACAAUCUCGAGAGUCCAUCAUCUGGAAGAGCAAUGUGGCUCACAAGCGAGACACCCCCUCAGUGAAGAGUCCCAGCAGUGACAUAGAGAAAAAACCAGAGGACACGGCAGAAAAUGUGGAUGCCAGCACCGUGUACAGCAUUGACACAAACUUUGAUUCUAACGUGUGCAUGCGAAACUACUCUAUCCAUGUCUCGAAGGACAUCCUGGAGAAGAGUGCCCAGGCUUACAGCUCAUUGCUAAACAUUCCCUCCUGUUCGGACAAAGGGACUGUGAGGAAAAUGGCGCAGACCAUGGCUGAACGUAGAAACCGCUGGCUGACCAUCAAGUUGCUGCUACGUCGAGGUGCUGAUCCCAACCUGUGUCAAGUGCCCAUGCAGGCCCUGUUUUUUGCCGUGAAGGCUGGGGAUGUGGAUGGGGUGAGGCUGUUGCUGGAGAGCGGGGCCCGGACUGAUAUUCAGUAUCCUCCACAGUUGAAGUCUCUGACUCCGCUCCACAUCGCAGCCUCACUUCCCGGGGAGGAGGGCGUCAUGAUCACGGAGCUGCUGCUCCACGCGGUGACUGACGUGGAUGCCAAGGCAGCCGACCAGGACUACGUCUACAAAACCGGCAAGAUUGACCUCCUGCCCUCAAGUCUGAAGCUCAACAAUGAGCCAGGCCCACCCAGCAGCUACUACACGGAGAGCACAUUCAUCCCAGAGGAGGGCGGACGCACGGCUCUGCAUGUCGCCUGUGAGCGAGAGGACAACAAGAAGUGUGCCAGAGACAUAGUCCGGCUCCUGCUCUCACACAGAGCGAAUCCAAACAUGCUGUGGAGCGGCCACUCCCCGCUCUCCCUGUCCAUCGCCAGUGGGAAUGACCUGGUUGUGAAGGAACUCCUGUCUCAGGGAGCUGACCCCAACUUGCCUCUGACCAAAGGCUUGGGCACUGCCCUAUGUGUUGUGUGUGACCUGGCCUAUGAGCAACAGAGGAGCAUCGAGAACAAGAUUGCCCUGAUUGACCGGCUCAUUAGCUACGGGGCUGAUGUCCUGAAACCCGUGGUGCUUACGCAAGGUGAAAGGACAGCAGUGGGGACGGCCGUGGACUAUGGCUACUUCAAAUUCUACCAGGACCGGAAGAUCGCCCACUGUCCCUUUCAUGCUCUGAUGCCCUUGGAGCGGGAGACGUUCUUAGCCCGGAAAAGGCUGCUAGAAUAUAUGGGUUUGCAAUUACGGCGUGCUGUCCUUAGCAAAGAGAGUCAGCUGGACGUAAAGGCCCUGUACCUGAGCAAGAGAGUAGAGCUGUCCCCCAGCCACAGGCUGAAGAAGAGGACCUCCAGCCUGCCGAAGAGCUCAGCCGCAGAAAAGCAGCCCCUUGCCUUUUACAAGUUUUGCUACCAGUGUGGUCGCUCCAUUGGGGUCCGCCUCACACCCUGUCCCCGCUGCUAUGGGAUCCUGACCUGCAGCAAGUACUGCAAGACCAAGGCCUGGACUGACUUCCAUAAAAAGGACUGCAAUGACAUCAUGAUCAUGAGGAGGGUGACCAUCCCGCUGCUAACGGACCAAGAGCAGACAUACAAGGCGCCCACCGGUGUCCAGCUCAAAAAGAACCUAAAGCAGAACAAGGUGUCCAAUAUGAGAUCUCGAAGCCGAACCAGGCGUCCACAAAGGCAGACAACCUACUGGACUGCUUGACACAAUGUUCCAUCUGCACUCACCAGUGAGCACCUGAUUGCCCAGCUCUCUCCACAGGGCUCUACUGAGUCUCUACCUCACUCCAUGGCUGUCUAUCCUGGCCAAUUGAGGGGAGAGAACUAUACACCCUCCCUCUCCCAGGGAGGAAUCUGGGCCACCUGGCAUCAGAGCUUCCCAGGACUUGCAAAGAGGCAGAAAGUGAGGAUGCGGUUGCCACGCUGGGCCUGGGCACUGCAGGUAUCCUUGGGUAGGAUCUAAUACCCAGCAGGAGCUUGCCCUUUGGAGGAGCCUCCCUUCUGGGAGCUGUUUGGAGGUCUCCUUGGGAUUCAUGGCCAAGAAGCAUUUGUGGGGUGGGUUUUUUUUCUGUUUCCUCGUGCUUGAAUAGUAACACUGUAAAUGUACUUGGGCAGCAAUGUGGGCCACAGCUCCCAGAUAAAGCAGACAUGCCACA